AUUGGUAUAGACUUUCUACUCAUUUUAAAACAUCUAUUUUAGUCUACAGUCUUGAUAAGAAAGAAAUAUUUUGUUGCUCAAGCUGUCUUUUAGUGUGUAAACUACGCUUACCCAACAAACUAGUGGAAAAAGAAUUGGGAGUACUGUAUACGGCACACUCAUUGAUUAAUUUUCUCUCCAACCGCGUAUAUCAGUAUUUGUAAAAUUUACAGGAGUUGGAUUUAUCUCCAAGCUGGAAGCAAUGAACAGUUUAUGUUAUUUACAAUGAUACUUGAUAUUUCGAAAUCAGACAACACAAUCAAUAAAACCUACAAAGGUCGAAACUAGUGUUUUAUUACGUAAAUAGUAGAAGCGGUUGAGUCAAGUGUGAUAGUUUGACCUGUUUCGUGCUAAUGUUUUAUGGGAAGUAGUAUUAGUUGUAUCACAGAGAUAGAUAUGGCUAAUAAACUAUUACCUGCUGCUGUCAUAGCUUCUCGCUCAAAACAUUCUGCUACAUUGAUUUUCUUACAUGGAUUGGGUGACACAGGGCAUGGUUGGUCGGACACUUUAAAGGAAUAUGUUCCGGACUACUUCAAGAUUAUAUGCCCUCAUGCGAAUUCAAUACCAGUCACACUCAAUGGAGGGAUGUGCAUGCCAGCAUGGUAUGACAUAUAUGCUCUAAGUGAAAACGCUAAACAAGAUGAAGCAGGAAUAAAGGAGGCAUCGCUCGAAUUAGGAAAAUUCGUUGAAGCAGAAAUAAAAUCCGGAGUCCCCAUCGAGAAUAUAGUUAUCGGAGGUUUUUCACAAGGUGGUUCAGUGGCCCUCUAUAAUGCACUAACGAGCACUUUACGGUAUGGUGGGGUUGUUGCUUUCAGUUGUUGGCUUCCACUCCAUACAAAAUUUAUGUCCUCACCUACACUCUUGACUAUGCCCAAGGACGUCCCAGUUUUCCAGUGUCAUGGAUUGGAGGAUUAUACAAUUCCUUUUGCCAUGGGAAAGUUAACUCAUGAGCUUCUGAAAACUUUCCAGUUAUCCAAAUGUGAACUCAACUGUUAUCCUCAAUUAUCUCACUCGUCAUGUGAAAAGGAAAUGGGAGAUCUCCGAACAUUCUUGUCAAAAAACAUACCUGAAAACUGGUUCUCGUACAACUUUUCAUUUUUUAUUACUUUUAAACGGGAAGCCGUCAGUUAAUACCUAGUUAUUCUGACUAGUUAAAUUUUCGAAUAUCGGAUCAAUAUUUGGUAAGGUACAUAGACAAAUUAUUUUACUGGCUGUUUUACCACCCAAUUCUUUGUAUCAACGUGAAAUGAGUUAAAUAAACUUUUUCUAUCCUUAUCUAUGGCUUUUAAGUCAGUGAUUUGGUGGUGCAGGUUUUUGAAUUGCGUUUGUGUAUCAAUCUCUUGUUGAUAUUGUUAUUCAGAAUGAGUUUUAAAUUCACGACACGGUAAUUCAUUAUAAACCUUGUUUCGCUUUAUGUUUGACAGAC